UUCUUGGCUGAUGACGUGUAUAAUGUCGCCGACGAGCUAGCCUGACAAGGUAAACUGCAUUAGCGACUUUCUUCCCGCCCGCCCGUCAAAACGGAACAAUCCCGGGAUUUGUCAUUGAAGCGGACUAAAGCACAAGAAAACGUCACAAGUUAUUCCCAACCCCUGGAAGUGAAAAUGAUUUUGCAGAAUGGCAAUAUCCAUCUGUUCUCGGUUUGAGGGCUGCGCAAGACCACUUUUUUGUCGGACCUGAGAGCAACGAAUUCCACUUCCUGUCUGGAAGGCCGUGUGACGAGCAAAAUGUUUGCCAAGCUGAAGAAGAAGAUCGCCGAAGAAGCGGCCACCGUACCGCGGACGGGCGUUCGAAUCCCUCGCACCUUCAGCAAGGAAUCCAUCGCCUCCGUGGAGGCCGACUCGGGGGAUGACUUUGCAUCGGAUGGGAGUAGUUCCAGGGAUGACCUGCCAGCCCAGCUUUUAAGGAGGAACACUCAGAUUCGCAAGCUGGAGGCCAAACUAUCAGACUACGCUGAGCAGCUACGAAUAAUGCAGAAGACCAAGGAGAAGCUUGAAAUUGCAUUAGAAAAGCACCAGGAUUCGGCCAUAAAGAAACUGCAAGAGCAGAGUGAUUUUCACCAGGCCGACAGAGCCAAAAUGGCGGAAGGGUUGACGCUGGCGCUGGACAAGAAGGACCAGGAAUGGAUGGAGAAAAUGGCUCUUAUGGAAAAGGAGAAGUCUGACUUAUCGUCAAGACUGAACGAGAUGAUGGAGCAAAGCUUGGCACUUUUCCAAAAGAGGGACGAUUUUGACGAGCUGGAAGGUUUUCAGCAGCAGGAGCUGGCUAAAGUCAAACACAUGUUGCUGAGAAAGGAAGAACAGCUGAGUCAUCAUCGGCGGGACCUCCAGCAGAAGGUGGCAGAACUUCAGACAGCCAAGCAAAGGCUUUCUGAAAGUCGGGAACAACUUCAAGCCUUACGAACGCAGCAUGAAGAGAGCUCCACACUCAACACUGAGCUGGAAAUAGAACGAGAGGAACUGCUGCUGCUCAGAGAAAAGGCAGACAAGAAGAACGGCGAGCUGGAGGAGCGAAACCAUAAGUUACGCUCGGUGGUCCAGCAGGCCUCCGAAGACUUGCAAAAGUCACAGAGUAUGGUGUCCUCCUUAGAAAGGUCCCUCCAAGAUCUACAGACGGAACACGACGCCCUAAAACUGCAACAAAAAAAGGCCGCUGUCACUGAGGAGGACAGAGAGCGCCUGUUAGGGGACCUCCAGAAGAAAGUCAGCUCCCUGGAGAGAAGGCUGCAAGGAAACCUGAGCCAGGACGAGCACCUACUAGAGCUUCUUCAGGAGAAGUCCGGUUUGGAGGAAAGACUGGAAGAGGCCAGAAGAGAACUGCUUGAACUUCGCACGGAGCAUGCAGACACAGUCAGCUCCUUCAACGCACAGGGAUCCAGACUGACGAGCAGCAUUGCAGAGCUGCAGACACUUCUUCGACAUAAAGAUGAAUCCUCCAGGUCUUACCGAGAGAGAACAGACACACAAAUAGCAAACCUGGAGCAGCAGAUCCAAGAAAGUAGUGGUAGACUAAAGAGUGCAGAGCAGCAGAUUGCAGAAGAAAAACAACUGGCGGAUAAACUGCAAGAAGAGUGGAGUGCAGACAGAGCCUCUUUGGAUCAGCAGUUGUGUUUGGUGCAGCAGCAGAGUAAAGAGAAGCUCGACCAGCUGGAGAAGAACAUCGCUGCUCUGCAGACAAAGAAACAUACAAUGCAAGAAACCAUGGCUGGCUUGGAAAGGCAAAGAGAGGAAGCAAAUGUGGCUCUGACGCAACAGAAGGAAGAGCUGGAUGAGUGCAAGGCGGCGUUGGAUGGCCAGCAGACGGUUAGCGCUGAAAUGGCUAAAGCUUUAGAGGAAAGCAGGCGACAGAGAGAGGAACUGCAAGCACAGGUUGGGGAGUUGACCAUAUCUCUGCAGCGCUCACAGGAGGAAUUGUCCGCGCUCGGUGACAAGCUGUUGUUGCGAGAGAAAGACAUCCCAAUCCUCCGUGAAGAGUUGCAGAGUCGCCAGGUGUCGCUGCUCCAGCUGCAGGAGGAAUUUGAGCAGCAGCGGAUCCAACGAGGGAAGAUGGAGCUGGACAAAGACUCCCAGCUUACUGUCCUGAGAGGGGAGCUACUCAGCCAGACUCAACAGCUGGACCGCUGUCAGGCUCGGAUCUCCUACUUGGAGGUGGAGGUGGAGACCCUGACGGAGCAGCUGCAGAGCCCCGCUGUGUGUGAGGAGGAUCACAAUGGUAGCUUGACGGUGGAUGACCUUGACAACGUUCACAAGGUCAACAGAGAGCUGGAGCAGCAGCUAAGCGACAAGACCAGGACUAUCAAACAGCUGCAGCAGCGAAUGGCAGAAUUGAAGAGGACCUUGCAGAAAGAACUGAAGCUGAAGCCCGAGCCAGAAGACGACGCGAAGGAGAGAAGCCAAGAAAGCCGCGUUGAGAGAGAAGAGAGAGUUGGCGGAGACGCGCUCCGACACAGCCCGCCCACUUCCAACUCCACCGUCACCAACACCUCAGACCUUAACGACUCGCGGGAGAUCAACUUUGAGUACUUGAAGCACGUGGUGCUGAAGUUCAUGUCGUCCAGAGAGGCGGAGGCCUACCAGCUGGUACGAGCCGUGUCUGUGCUGCUCAACUUCACUCGCGAGGAGGAGGACAUGUUGAAGCAAACCAUCGAGUACAAAAUGUCCUGGUUCGGAUCCAAGCCGUCUCCAAAGGGAACCAUCAGGCCCUCGGUCUCAGGCGCGUCCAGCCAGUGGAGCUGAAACAUGAAGACAUCUUCAGGUGUCCAACCUUUCAUAUCUGAACACUUGACAUAUUAUCCAACUCUAAUUCUUCCUUUCGAAUAACAUUUUUUUUAAACAAUCAGCGCAAAUGUCCACCGUUGGCAUUUUUUGUGUCAGCGCCUGACUUUUGAAGCUUUUCAUGAGCACACUUCCUUUUUUUCAACGUUUAAGGACAGACAUUAUGACACCAAGGUGUUUGAAACCACAAACAGCAAAGGAAAUCCUCACAUCUUUUUGUCUGUGAGGCAACGCCUACAUUUUGCCACCCCUUUGAAGAAAAAAAAGGUAAAAACGUUUGAAAUGUUUAGCAUUAAAAAUACAAUUAAACUUUACUGAAACAUUCAACAAUAUAAUUGGGGAACAGCCGAUGCUGUUGAUUUUGGUAAGUUAUGUAUUUGUAAAUGUAUGUACAGUAUAUGUAUGUAAACACUGUAAAAACUCAAUCGCCUGUAGGUUUUUAUGGUUCAAAACCGGCAGCUCAGUCGCAAAAACGUUACUGUAAAAUCUAUGGUGGAAAAUUACCAGUUUUUUUACGUAAAAAUAAUGGCGACAAAAAAAAAAAAAACCUUUGCAUUUUUUCAUUGACCGUAAUUUGCUGUAAUUAAACAAAAAGAAAAACCUACCACGAAUUUUACGGCAAAAAUCUGGUGACCAAGCUGACUUUUUUUUUACUGUUAAAUUCAUGGGCGUGGUUUUGACAGUGAUUUACUGUGAAGGAGAAAUAGUACCAAUGUUUUUACAAUAACAUUAUGUCAACUAAAAGAAAAUAUAUUUGUUAAAAAAUUAAAUUCUGAUCAGUAAACUGACAUUUUUUCUUACUGUUAAAUAUAUGUUGUUAUUCUUUUACAGUGUUUUACUGUACAGGAAAAAAUAGUACCAUUAUUUUUACAAUGAAAUUACGGCGACUAAAAAAUAACUCCUAUACAUUUUAUCCUUGACAGUAACUUGCUGUAAAAAAAAAAAAAGAAUAAAACCCUCAAACAAACGAAAUAACUACGAUGAAUUUUACGUUAAAAUUCUGGUGACUAAGAUGACAUUUUUGUUGCUUUUAGCGUUUUACUGUAAAGGAAAAAUAAUACCUUUUGUUUUUACAAUAAAAUUACGGCAACUAAAAAAUAACCCCUGUACAUUUUUUAUAAUUUACAGUAAUUCGCUGUAAAACAAAACAAAAAAUUACGGUAAAAUUGUGCUUAGUAAGAUGCAUUUUUUCUUGCUGUUAAAUAUAUGGUCUUUUUUUUUUUUUUUUUUUUUUUUUACAGUCUUUUACUGUAAAGGAAAACAUAGUAACAUUAUUUUUACAAUAAAAUUACGGCGACUAAAAAAUAAACCCUGUACAUUUUAUCCUUGACAGUAAUUCGCUGUAAAAAAAAAUAAAAUAAAACCCUCUAAAAACUAAAUAACUACUAUGAAUUUUACGGUAAAAUUCUGGUGACUAAGAUGACAUUUUUGUUGCUUUUAGCGUUUUACUGUAAAGGAAAAAUAGUACCUUUUGUUUUUACAUUAAAAUUAUGGCAUCUAAAAAAUAACCCCUGUAUAUUUUUUUUUAAUUUUACCGUAAUUCGCUGUAAAAAAAAAAAAUUGUGGUUAGUAACCUGACAUUUAUUCUUGCUGUUAAAUGUAUGGUCUUUUUUUUUUUUUUUUUUUUAACAGUGUUUUACUGUAAAGGAAAAAAGAGUAACAUUAUUUUUACAAUAAAAUUACGGAGACUAAAAAAUAACCCCUGUACAUUUUAUCCUUGACAGUAAUUCACUUUUAAAAAAACCCUCAAAAAAAACAAAAAAUACCAUGAAUUUUACGGUAAAAUUCUGGUGACUAAAAUGACAUUUUUUCUUACUGUUAAAUAUGUAGUUGUUUUUAGCGAUUUACUGUAAAGGAAAAAUAGUGCAUUUUGUUUUUACAAUAAAAUGAUGGCAACUAAAAAAUAACCCCUGUACAUUUUUUUAUUUACAGUAAUUCGCUGGGAAAAAAAAAAAGAAAAACAUAUUUUACGGUAAAAUUCUGGUGAUUAAAUUGACAUUUUUCCUUACAGUUAUAUAUAUAUAUAUAUAGUCGUUGUUUUUGCUGUAAAGGAAAAAUAGUAUGUUUUGUUUUUACAAUAAAAUUAUGGCAACUAAAAAAACAACCCCUGUACAUUUUUUCAUUGACAGUAAUUCGCUAUAAAAAACAAAAAAUCUACUUUGAAUUUCAUGGUAAAAUUCUGGUGACUAAGAUGACAUUUUUUCUUACUGUUAAGUAUACAGUCGUUGUUUUUAGAGUUUUACUGUAAAGAAAAAAUAGUACCUUUUGUUUUUACAAUGAAAUAUUAUGGCAAGUAAAAAAUAACUCAUGAACAUUUUUUCAUUUACAGUAAUUCGGUGUAAAAAAACAAACAAUAAAUAAAUACGGUAAAAUUCUGGUGACUAAGCUGACAUUUUUUUUUACUGUUAAAUACAUGGUCAUUUGUUUUCAGUGUUUUACUGUAAAAGAUAAAAUAGACAUUACCUUGACAGUAAUUCACUGUAAAAAAACAACCCCAAAAAAAACAAAAAAAACUACCAUGAAUUUUACAGUCAAAUUCUGGUGACUAAGAUGACAUUUUUUCUUACUGUUAAAUAUAUAGUCGUUGUUUUUAUUGUAAAGGAAAAAUAGUGCCUUUGUUUUUACAAUAAAAUUAUGGCAACAAAAAAAAUAACUCAUGAACAUUAUUUCAUUGACACUAAUUUGCUGUAAAAAAAAAAAAAUUUACGGUAAAAUUUUGUUGACUAAGCUAACAUUUUUUCUUACUGUUAAAUAUAUGGUCGUUAUUUGUACAGUGUUUUACUGUAAUGGAAAACUAGUACCAAUGUUUUUACAAUAAAAUUAUGGCAACUAAAAAAUAACCCCUGUACAUUUUUUCAUUGACAGUAAUUCGCUGUAGAAAAAAAAAAAAAAAUCUACUAUGAAUUUUAUGGUAAAAUUCUGGUGCCUAAGAUAACAUUUUUUCUUAAUGUUAAAUAUAUAGUCAUUGUUUUUAGCGUUUUACUGUUUAAGAAAAAUAGUACCAUUAUUUUUACAAUAAAAUUAUUGACAGUAAUUAUUUGUUAAAAAAUAAAUGAAAAAAUUAUAAUUUUAGGGUAAAAUUUUGGUUAGUAAGCUGACAUUUUUUCUUGCUGUUGUUUACACUGUUUUACUGUAAAGGAAAAAUAGCACCAUCGUUUUUACAAUAAAAUUAUGGCAACUAAAAAUAACCUGUGUACAGUUUUUCAUUCACAGUAAAACGCUGUGAAAAAAAUAUAAUUUUAACAAUAGAAUUUUGAUGACUAAGAUGACUUUUUUAUUUUUACUGUUAAAUUUAUGGUCUUUUUUUUAAUUUUACAGUGUUUUACUGUAAAGGAAAAAUAGUACCAUUGUUUUUACAAUAAAAUUAUGGGGACGGAGAAUCAACCCUUGUACAUUUUUUCAGUUAAAAUAAUUCAAUGUAAAAAAAAACAAAAAAAAACCUGUCAUCUUUACAGUAACAUUUUUUUUUACCGUACAAAAUUUUUUACCAUUAAAUAUACAAUCGUUGAUUUUACAUUGUUUUACUGUUAAUGGAAUAAUUGUACCACCGUUAUUUUUAAGGUAAUAUUAUGGCAACUGCAAAUUAACCCUUGUACAUUUUUUCAUUUUCAUUUACUGUAUAAAAAAAAACUACUGUGAAUUUUACAGUAGAAUUAUGGUGACUAACGUGACACUUUGUAUUUACUGUAAAAAAAAAAAAAAAAAAUGUUUUAACCAUAAAAUAAACAGUGGUUUUUACGUUGGGGGUGGGGAAGUACCACCGUUAUUUUUGAAGUAAAAUUAUGGUGACCGAAAAUUAACCCUAGUACAUUUUUUCCAUGUACAGUAAUUUACUCUAUUAAAAAAAACUACAGUGAAUUUUACGGUAAACUUCUGGCGACUAUCGUGCCUUUUAUUAAUUUUUUUUAAUGGUUUUUUUUUUUCGCCAUAAAAUUAUAUGUACAUUUUUUUCAGUUAAAAUAAUUCAAUGUAAAAAAAAAAAACCCUGUCAUCUUCACAGUAAAAUUUGGGGAAAUAGCUUUUUUUUUUACGGUAAAAGUCUGCCGACUAAUGUGCCUUUUUUUAUUUUAUUUUUUUACUGUAUUUUUUUUGCCAUAAAAUUAUACGUCCAUUUUUUUUUUUUUUUACUGUGUAUUGUUAUUGUAAAAAAAAUACUACAGUUAUUUUUACAGUAAAAUUCUGGUGACUGAGCAUUAACUACCUACUGAUUGCCAUUAAGAGUCGUUCGCUGUAAAAAAAAAAAAAAAAAGAUACUUUGGGAAUUUUGCAGUAAAAUUCUUGCGACUGAGCUGCCAGUUUUUGUUUUUUUUACUGUAAAAUCUGCCGAUGUUGUUUUUACAGUGUAUACCUUUGUAUAAUAUAUAUAUGUAUAUAAAGUAAAGAGAUAUAUGUACUGUAUGCUUUGAGAACUUUAUAACAUGAUUUGAUAUCCUGUUCAGUAUUUAUUAUAUAAACCUGCUUCUCACUUAUUUUGUGUUCUUUCCUCUUUGUCAGUACAAGAAAGUAUUUUCAAAUCAGCUAUGAAAUGUUAAUAUAUUUUACAGUAAUCAUUUUUAUUAUGCUUUUUUUUUUAAUUAAAUGGGAAUCAAGGAAUAUAUUUUUUUUAUAGUUUUUUUUUUUUUUACUGUAAAUCCUGCAAAGUCAACUGAACAUUUACGACAUCUUCCCCAAUUACUCGUCCAAAAGUGCUAAAAUUGUGAAUUUAUGUCUUCCUCCGGGUUGCAUGGCUGCAAAUUGACUUUGAAUACGUUCUUGUUGGAAAACAUGGCAGGGUUUGGCAACCUCAUUGUGGUCGUGUUGAUCACCACAAUGGAUGUCAAAUCCAAUAAAGGAAAAAGAUGACAUUGUU